AGUACUCACUCUCUCUCCUAAAACCCUCGCCUCUCUGUUCUUCCCUUUCUUCUUUUAGGGCUUCUCCCUCUCCUCACUCACAAGUCAAAAUCCUCAUCAAGCUCCAAUGGCUACUAUUGCUCUCAGGAAUUCAAGUUCUAGGCGACUCUUCCCAUUUUCUUCUCAAAUCUUCUCUUCUUGUUGCAGACCCUUCCCCCCUCUCUCUGAAUCCCCCUUUCCAAAUGACAAGCUCUCUCCUUCUUCAUCUUCUUCUUCUUCCAAUCCUUGGUGGAGAUCCAUGGCCACCUUCACCAGAACAAAACCCCAUGUUAAUGUUGGAACUAUUGGGCACGUUGAUCAUGGGAAGACUACACUCACCGCAGCAAUUACCAAGGUUUUAGCCGAUGAGGGAAAAGCUAAGGCUAUAGCCUUUGAUGAAAUUGAUAAGGCUCCUGAAGAGAAGAAGAGAGGAAUUACAAUUGCAACGGCACACGUUGAGUAUGAGACUGCUAAACGACACUAUGCACAUGUUGACUGCCCUGGACAUGCUGAUUAUGUCAAAAAUAUGAUUACAGGAGCUGCACAAAUGGAUGGUGGAAUACUUGUUGUAUCUGCUCCUGAUGGACCAAUGCCCCAAACCAAGGAGCACAUUCUUCUUGCUCGCCAAGUUGGUGUGCCUUCUCUGGUGUGCUUUUUGAAUAAAGUUGAUGCUGUCGAUGAUCCAGAGUUGUUAGAACUUGUAGAAAUGGAGCUCCGGGAGCUUCUAAGCUUCUACAAGUUCCCUGGAGAUGAAAUCCCCAUCAUCAGAGGCUCAGCAUUGUCUGCUUUACAGGGUACAAAUGACGAAAUUGGAAGAAAGGCCAUUCUAAAAUUAAUGGAUGCUGUAGAUGAAUACAUUCCUGACCCAGUUCGCCAACUUGACAAGCCUUUCCUUAUGCCCAUUGAAGAUGUUUUUUCAAUUCAGGGACGAGGAACAGUUGCCACCGGCCGUGUUGAGCAAGGAAUCAUAAAAGUUGGUGAUGAAGUGGAGGUUUUGGGUCUAAUGCAGGGUGGCCCUCUUAAAACAACAGUUACUGGAGUUGAGAUGUUCAAGAAGAUUUUAGACCAAGGACAGGCUGGUGACAAUGUUGGUCUUCUUCUUCGAGGUCUGAAGCGUGAGGACAUUCAACGUGGUCAGGUUAUUGCCAAGCCUGGUUCUGUAAAAACAUACAAAAAGUUUGAGGCGGAGAUAUAUGUACUCACAAAAGAUGAGGGUGGGCGACAUACUGCUUUCUUCUCUAACUACAGACCUCAGUUUUACUUGAGAACUGCUGAUGUCACUGGAAAAGUAGAAUUGCCCGAAAAUGUCAAGAUGGUUAUGCCUGGAGACAACGUGACUGCUGUGUUCGAAUUGAUUUCAGCUGUUCCACUUGAACAAGGACAAAGAUUUGCUUUGAGAGAAGGCGGCAGAACAGUUGGUGCAGGUGUGGUGUCAAAAGUACUGACUUAAUAUGCAUGCCGUUCUUCAAUUCUUCAAAAAGGGUUGGAAGCCCUGAGACUUUACUAUUAUCUUCAAAUUACGACGACGUCGCAAUCAAUUAAAAUAUUUAGCAGUUGUUUUGGAUGAAAUUGAGUAAAUUUUAGAGAAGCUCACCUUAAUUCAUUUUUGUAGUUUAAAUUUUGUCAACGUUCUCUUGGUUGCUGCAGACCAUUAAUAAUUUGUGAAUCAUCUUUCUCUCUUUUACAAUAAUGCUCAUUAGUAAACCGAUUUUGUUUACAAAACUGGAUGAAUAUAUUGAUGUCCUAUAUUUUGGUUAA